CAUAUUGCUUGUAGUUACUACAAUGAAGCAUGUGUCACAUUUUUGGCUUCCCUCCGAGUGUGUGUGUGUCUGGGAAAGUUGAUUGACAUCAAUCAAACAUACGCAUUCCACAUACAAAAUUUGGUUGGUCUAAUGGUCUAAAAGGGGCGGAGGCAUCAAAUAUGAGUAGGACUUAAUGCCGUCACAGCCAAUAAAAGCAACCCACCCAACACUACUAACAUUGCCUCCUCUCAUCACAAUCUCUCUCACUCCUUCCACUCUCUUCUGUCCUCCUUUUCCUUCUUCUAUCUGUUAUCUUCUCCUUCAAGCAUAUAUAUACAUAUAUAUAUCUUCUUCUGCUCAUCUAUUUCCUUUUCUUGUUAUUCUUCCUCAUCUUGUCAUCUACCAGCAGGAGAGAGAGAGCGAGAGAGAGGAUAAUAGACUCUUAGAAGGUGGAUCGAAGGCAUGGGAAGCGGCCUCUUCGUUCUGAUGAGGCACCAGAGGAGAAGGAAGAAGAGGGCGGCUUGUCAUCCCACUGUAUCCCGGCUCGCGUAGACCAAGAAGCGUCGGCCAUGGUGUCUGCCCUCACCCACGUGAUCAGCUCUGUCUCCCCGGUCGUCGGUGCCGGAGGAGAUGAGCUGGUGGCGGAACCGGAUGCUAGUUGUGGAUCAGGGCCAGGUUCCAUGGAGAUCGGAACACAGGCUUCCGAAGAGCAAGGUAGAAGGCACUACAGGGGAGUGAGGCAAAGGCCGUGGGGGAAAUGGGCAGCAGAGAUCAGAGACCCGAAGAAGGCCGCUCGUGUAUGGCUGGGGACCUUCGACAGGGCCGAGGACGCCGCCAUGGCCUACGACGAGGCCGCCCUAAGGUUCAAGGGCACUAAAGCCAAGCUCAACUUCCCCGAGAGAGUCCAAGGCCGCACCGACCUCGGCUUCCUGGUGACUCGAUCAGCACCCGAACGGCAACCCCAGCCUCCGGCGACUUCAUAUCCGGACCUGCGUCAGUACGCUCAGCUCCUCCAGAGCGGGGACGCAGACCUGCGCAACGCGGCCCUCGGCCUCUACGCCGGAAGCACCAUCACGUCGACGUCCUUGUCUGGCUCUUCGCAAGAGACUCAGGAUUUAUCUUCUCGAUCGCAGUUCACGAGCUCUUCCGCUUCCAGCUCGUGGCCUCAGAGUGGCCAGAAGGAGAAAGAUCAGCGGCCACCAGCCAUGUAAAUGACGGCUUUGAGACGGUGAUAAAGAGAGAGAGAGGCAAGUGUGCCGCGUCAAAGAUACAAAAGAUUGCGAUGACUCCUUGUGCUUAUCCCGGAAGAGUUCAAUUAGAAUCAUGCAUUGUCAUGAGCCUUAUCCUAA